AUGAUUCCUCAGAUUUUUAUCCUAUCUGCUUUGACAGUUAUUACUUUCGCCAGCCUAAAAAAAGAACCUGUCCAUCAUGCUCCUCAGCCUUACAAAUUCGGUUACAGUGUGAAAGAUAAGCAUGGCGAGCAGUACCGAGAGGAAGCUAGCGAUGGCAAGAACGUGAAAGGCAGCUACGGGUUUAUCGAUGCCAGGGGAAUCAAGCGACAAGUCAACUACGUCGCCGACCAUGCAGGAUUCAAGGCAGACAUCAAUACCAAUGAACCCGGAACCGCCAACCAGAAUCCUGCUGCUGUCAAAAUCCUCUCUGAUGCUCACUAUGGACAAGGAGGAUAUGCAAGGAUAGCAGGUUUUGGAAGUGCUAAACUUGGAUAUUAUGGAACUGAAGCAGAGGAAUCAGGAAAGAAAUCUGCUGGAGUUAGAGGAAUCGGAGUUGGAUAUGCUGGACUUAAAUAUAACGGAGCUGAAGCAGGGGAAUCAGGAAAGAAAUUUGUUGGAGUUAGAGGAGUCGGAGUUGGAUAUGCUGGACUUGAAUAUAACGGAGGUGAAACAGAGAAAUCAGGAAAGAAAUCUGCUGGAGUUAGAGGAGUCGGAAUUGGAAAUGGAGUAGAAGGCGAAAAGGGAGUAGAAAAUGGAUACACUCUUCCUGCAGCAUAUGGAGGCGCCUAA